CUUGGCUAGGAAUCUGAGCUGAGCUAUGGUGGCGAUAUAUGUAUAACUUUGUAUGUUUGUUUAGAGUACUGCAAAUCACAGCUGGGUUUACACCUUGAUUGCACGACGCGUUUGACUUGCAAGUCUGUACUGACACUUAGAAUGUAUGCAGAUCAUUCGCUGCAGCUUUCGAAACUCUCCUGGAUACUAGCUGCACCUUCCCUGCACAAACACCACUGACGUUCACUCCUGGCUCGUGCAUCAAUUAGUGCGGGGGCUCGAGGAUCUGCCUGCUGAGCUUCCCGCAAGAUUGCGUGACAAGCUCUCCACCAACUCUCUUCGUAAAACAUGGCGACCAAAGCAACAGCCAACAAUGGCGCCGCAGAAAACGAAUAUCAAGCUCUGUGGGCGAACAAAUACCGUGGGGCAACGGUUGAAGACCUUGAUCCACCCCCAGCCCUUUCUGUUAAGCCCACCGAUCCUAUAUCUUGGGCUCUUAUGAGCGGCCUGGAACGCGACUAUACGCAUCUCACCGUUACUGCGCAAGAGAACCGCGCACUGCUAGGAUAUAUUAGCAUUCCACGUCUGCAAGAGCUGCUCAAGGAAGGCAAGGUCAAGGACAGCGAUUCGGUCGAGGCGGCGAUGCACAAGUUCCAGCGCCGCGGCAGACGGUACAAGGUUAUCACGACGGAAACGCCGCUGGAAGAGCUCGAGGAGUUCUUCAGUGGGGGUGUUGAUGGGAGUGGGAAGCAGGAGUUUGCAGUUGUGACAGAUGCAAGUCGGAAGUUCGUGCUGGGUGUGGCCACGAGCGCGGAUUUGGAGAGCUUUAUCAAGAGGAGGGCUUAGAUCGAUGUCAUGGGAGAAGAUUGCAUUGCAUGGCGUUUGCUUGGGAUACCACAUGGGCGACGGUGUUCAGGGAGGUCUGAUUCAACAUACCCUCCAGCUAUAUCGAACAUUUUGAAUGAUGUCGUGUAUCGUUUGGAAGUUAUCUAGGACUCUGUGAAGAUCAAAUGAGCAGUUGUUGACGUAAUUUGGACUUCGAUAUGUCUUCAUCGCCCUUUUGUGCCUUCCAAGUCGAAGCACAAGAAUUAUCGAAGCCCACAGCAAAUACUUAGGCGCAUGGGAUCAGAUUGAAAUGAUCGUUCCUAUGGCUUUGC